AUGAGUGACGAUACGGAAAGAGUAAGCGUCCAUGGCCGGGUAUUCCAGAGGAUAUCGCUAGACGAGAAGAUCUACUUUGCUCCGGUAGCCAUCGACGACCGCGAGGAGAGCAGGCUGACAGCUCAACAUGAUCUCAUAUCCAGACUGUUGGGCAAUAGAUUGUUCUCUCAUCAAAUCCCAGUGGCAGAGCCCCGCUCGGUCCUUGAGUGCGGCUAUGGUGGGGGGGACUGGGCUGUUCAGUGCGCCGACGAGUUCGAGGAUUGUGAGGUGACUGCUAUUGACAUAUUCCCCAUGCAUGUCCCGGACCAACCUGACAACUUGGAGUUGAUCGGCUAUAAUCUCAACGACCCGCUCCGCGACCCCGACAUCUUCAAGGCGAACCAGUACGACCUCAUCCACUCGCGAUUCCUAGCUCCAGGGAUCAAGAACGGGAGAUGGACCCGGUACAUUAGAGACAUGAAGCUGUUGCUACGACCAGGCGGAUGGGUUCAGAUGAUGGAGUACCUGCCCAUUAUCCAGUCGCACAAUGGCCGCCUUACCGAUGAGUCUGCAGUCAGGAGAUGGUGGCAGUCAUACCAGGCAGCCAUGUCUAGGAUGGACCGGGAUCCAAGGAUAGGGCGUCGAUUAUCGCAGCUGCUGCUCGAGAAUCGGUACCGAGACGUGGCAGUCGAGAUUAAGCAGCUCCAGAUUGGGGGUUGGUCGUCAGAUCCAACGCAGGCUAGUCUAGGAGAAGAUGCGAUCGCUGUAGUUGGUGAUCUCCUCGAGUCGCUGGGCGUUUGGCCCUUCACGAGCGAGCUUGGAUGGACGAGUGCGCAGUUUGACCAUCUCAUGCAAGAGGUUCGCGGCGAGCUCCGGAACGUGGAGCUGAAGCUGUAUAUUGAAAUGUACAGGGCCAUGUGA